AUGUAUUGGCCGAAUGGUGUGCCCCGGGUGUACGCGGUCAAUGGGCCUAACAUACCCACUACACCAUCAAGCGAUCUGAAGGAGUCCCAAGGCGAAACGUCUGAUGAUGAGCAACGGCGAGAGGAGGCGCCGGAAGGCUUGGAGAAGGAUAAACCGCACCCAUGGGCUGACGAGCCCAUCAAUGGCCUCUGUGUUUCCAGAGGAGGCCAUUUGUUUGCUACCAUGACUGAGUCGUCAAUGACAGUCUGGCAAACAAAGCCUGCUGUCGUCGUAGCCGCGGUCACUCGUUCCUCCGCCUCGCUCAAGACAUAUGGACCAAACGUUUCUCUUCUUCUGCACCCUGACUCGACAAUCCUCGUCGUGCAAACUUCCAAAGAAUACCUUCUUACAUACACAAUUGCUUCCGACCCAAACACCCGAGUCUACCAACAGCACUUUGACCACUCCAAUCCCCACCGUCGUCAACAACUUGCCCGCCACUUUGGAAACGAAGAGUUCAACGGUAUCAAAGAUGUCAGUAUCCGAUUCCGAAUGGCCAUCAUGGUGGAGUCUGGCAUUGGCAAGGCGUUGGCCUUGGACAAGGAACUCCUUGUCUCUACCCUUAAACCCGCUGCGAUUCAGUGUAUUCGAUGGGCACCAGACGAAAGCGGGAGUCAAACAACCUCGGAACUUUUAAGUCGCACUCUGAACGUAUCGAAGAAAAUCACUGUUAUUGAAAUGGUCUACGAUCGAGCUAUGAGUCUGUUGAUAUGGAUAACUAGUGAUGGGCGUGCAUUUACCGUGCAACGAAAGAACAACAACACUGCUGAGUCGGAGGAUGCGUCGAAACUUUUCGCGGGACACUGUUUUCAUACGCCCACAGAUGAUGGUCACAUGGCAGUCAAAGCAGCAGUUAACGCAAGGUUCUCUCUGCUUGCCGUCAGUUGCGCCAAUGGCGAGGUUCUAGUCUACACUGCAAAAGAUUACGUCGGAAACGUAAUGCUUUCACAUAGACUUCAACCACCAGCGUCGUUGGCAGCUACUGGAGACCUAACAUUCAUGAGUUACUCGCCGGAUGGGUACUGCUUUUUCGCUGGUUACGAACACGGUUGGGCGAAUUGGAGUGUCUUCGGGAAAGUUGGAGGAAGUAGUUUCGCGGCUGAUCGCACGAUGGCCAAAGCCAACGGCGAAGAUUGGCUGACUGGAGUAACAAUGGGAUGUUGGAUAGGAGGGGGCUCGGAUAUUAUAUUGUCAUCUCCAAAAGAUCGCAGGUUAUGGGUCUUGGAAACAGCACGCAGCGCUUUAACAGGGUGUUAUUCUGCGGCUAAUCUAUCCAGGGCCCUUUUACAAACCGGCACCGAAAUCAUUCUAUAUCGGGGACAUGAUUUGCCAGAUCUCAUGACAAUCUCUGGGAAAGAUUCCCUCUGGCACCAUGCACAGUAUCCGCCUGCGUAUCUCCAUGCACAAUGGCCUAUUCGUGCAUCUGUAGUAUCGCAAGAUGGACGCUAUGUUUGCAUCGCAGGCCGAAGGGGUCUAGCACACUAUAGCGUCAGCAGUGGACGUUGGAAAACGUUUGAAGACCCCAAAGCAGAGAAUUCAUUUGCAGUCAGAGGCGGGAUGUGCUGGUAUGGCCAUAUCCUGAUUGCGGCUGUUGAAAGCAACGGUUCUUAUGAGCUUCGCUUGUACUCGAGAGAAUUGCCUCUAAAUAAUAACAACAUUCUCCACACGGAGCCCCUUCCUUCUCCAGUAGUAUUCGUUGGUCCAUCUGGAGAGGACUCGCUUCUUGUCUAUACAUAUGACAAUAUCCUAUACCAUUAUGUUAUCAACUCCACGUACGGAGGUGUUGUUCUGGUGCCCGUUGGGCAAAUAGCGUUUUACGGGAUUGUGCGAGCCCCGACUAGGGUCCGCUCUAUCAGCUGGAUUUUGCCAGAAGAGCAGAUGCGUAAUGGAGAUCCGUCGCAGGAUGUGAAGGUGGCUUCUGUCUUGUUGUUGGUAGAUGGCAAUCUUGUCCUACUACAGCCGUCACUAUCAAGCACCGGCGAUUUGAAAUACGACAUGCGCAUAGUCGCACAGGACGUGGAAUACUACGUUCUGAUGCGAGAUCAGUUAUCAUUUAACUUUUCUCCGCCUGCAGAAGAUCAAAUACCGACAAGCCCAUCGGCCGACAUAGUGUUGAAGGCUGCUCAGAGCAAUUUGUCUCUCCGGGAUUCCCUGUGGAUGUUCAGUGGACGCGAUCUUGUCGCCUGGAGCGACGUACAAGAAAUCCUACAACGUGAUGACGUCCCAAAGCCCCUUCCGGUUCCUGUAGACUUUUAUCCACUAUCGGUGCUUUUGAACAAGGGCAUCGUCCUUGGGGUCGAAUCCGAACUGAUACAAAGGCGAGAUGUGACCUUUGCGUUCUUGAAAUUCGCGAUUCGUACAAGUCUAUUUCUUCCAUAUUUCCUCCGGUAUAGCCUUGCAAGCGUGGACAUGCCGUCUGCGCUUUCAUUAUCUCAUUACUACUCACAUCUAUCCUACUUUCCGCAUGCCAUGGAGAUUCUUCUGCACCACGUCCUUGACGAUACUGUGGAUGGCCAGAGCCGGGGCGAGUCGCAAAGCGAUACAACAAAAACAUCACAACCACUUCUGCCGUCGGUUAUUUCGUUUCUGCAGGCUUCGCUUCCUACGGGAGUCUACCUUGAUAUCGUUGUUCAAUGCACUCGGAAGAACGAAAUCCGGUCCUGGCGUACUCUAUUUGCCCAUCUUCCACCGCCAAAGGACCUUUUUGAGCAAGCAUUGAAGCUCAAGUCCCUAAAAACUGCGGCUGGUUACCUUUUAGUGCUCCAAGCACUCGAUGAAGAAGAGGAAGAGAGUGAAGCUAGAACUGAAGACUACGCGGUGCGACUACUGGGACUGGCAUCCCAGAAGAACGACUGGGAUCUCUGCGCAGAGCUAGCAAGGUUUCUCAUAGCGCUUGAUAGAUCAGGAGAAAUACUCCGCCGGACGAUUGAUCGAGUUGGCCUCCGACGAGCCGCUACACAGAGAUCUAGCAGUGGGGAUGCAAAUGCCAGAAAUAUGAAGGGCCUAGGAUUAAAUCUCCCCGUGCCCUCGGUACCUUCACCUCUUUCUCCGCGCCGGAUGAGCCAUCGUAACCGGAAGGGGAGUGAUAUCUCGUCUGUGACGAGUGUUGGUACAUCGUCGAAUCUAUCUCACAUCACAUCGCGGACUGAUGAUGAGGGCGACGCUGCUGCCAUGGUCUCGGACGGUGGAAGUAGUGGAAUAGAUGACUUGUCAUUAGCAUGA